GCGUCACCGAACCUGCUUGAAAUGCAGCCGAGGAGCCGGGGCGGGCGGCAGCGGCGGUGGUGGCGGCGGCGGCAGCGGCAGCCCCGGCGCCGCGUUAAGGACUUGGCGGGCUGAGGCGCGGCGGCGGCGCGGGGGUGUCGGGGCGCGGCGGCCGGAGCCCCGGGCCCGCCAUGGGCCGCCCAGAGCGGGGCGCGCUCCGGCCGCUGGCGCUGCUGCUGCUGCUGCUGCUGCAGCUCCAGCAUCCCUCCGCGGCGGAUCCGCUGCCCGGCGGCCAAGGGCCGGUCAAGGAGUGCGAAGAGGACCAGUUCCGGUGUCGGAACGAGCGCUGCAUCCCCUCGGUGUGGAGGUGCGACGAGGACAACGACUGCUCGGACAACAGCGACGAGGACGACUGCCCCAAGAGGACCUGCGCAGACAGCGACUUUACCUGUGAUAAUGGCCACUGCAUCCCAGAGCGGUGGAAAUGUGACGGCGAGGAGGAGUGCCCUGACGGCUCUGACGAAUCAAAGGCUGCGUGUUCCACUGAAGAGUGUCCUGCUGAGAAGCUGAGCUGCGGCCCUGCCAGCCACAAGUGCGUGCCUGCCUCAUGGCGCUGCGAUGGAGAGAAGGACUGUGAGGGAGGAGCAGAUGAAGCCGGCUGUCCUACCUUGUGCGCCCCGCACGAGUUCCAGUGCAGCAACCGCUCCUGCCUGGCCUCUGUGUUCCUGUGCGACGGCGACGACGACUGUGGCGACGGCAGCGACGAGCGCGGCUGCUCGGACCCGGCCUGCCCGCCCCGUGAGUUCCGCUGCGGAGGAGGCGGCGCCUGCAUCCCGGAGCGCUGGCUCUGCGACCGCCAGUUCGACUGCGAGGACCGCUCGGACGAAGCGGCCGAGCUGUGCGGGCGAGCGGGCCCGGGGGCCGGCGCCACCCCGGCGGCCUGCGCCCCCGCCACCCAGUUCACCUGCCGCAGCGGCGAGUGCAUACACCGGGGCUGGCGCUGCGACGGCGACCGCGACUGCAAGGACAAGUCUGACGAGGCCGACUGCUCCGCGCCAGGACCCUGCAGCGAGAAAGAGUUCCGGUGUGGGGACGGGACUUGCGUUCUUGCAGUCAAGCGCUGCGACCAGGAACACGACUGCUUGGAUGGGAGCGACGAAACUGGCUGCCUGCAGGAGUCAACCUGUGAGGGUCCCCGCAGAUUUCAGUGUAAGAGUGGCGAGUGCGUGGACGGCGGGAAAGUGUGUGAUGAUCAGAGGGACUGCCGGGACUGGUCGGAUGAGCCUCAGAAAGAGUGUGUUGUACCAACAUUCCGGGGAAACAGGAGGAGGCCCAGGGGGCUGAACGAGUGUCUGCACAACAAUGGCGGCUGUUCGCACAUCUGCACUGACCUGAAGAUCGGCUUUGAGUGCACGUGCCCAGCGGGCUUCCAGCUCUUGGACCAGAAGACCUGUGGUGACAUUGAUGAAUGCCAAGACCCAGACGCCUGCAGCCAGAUCUGUGUGAACUACAAGGGCUACUUUAAGUGUGAAUGCCACCCUGGCUAUGAAAUGGACACGCUGACCAAGAACUGCAAAGCUGUCGCCGGCAAGAGCCCAUCCCUGAUCUUCACCAACCGACACGAGGUUCGAAGAAUAGACCUGGUGAAGCGGGACUACUCGCGCCUCAUCCCCAUGCUCAAGAACGUCGUGGCGCUGGACGUGGAAGUGGCUACCAACCGAAUCUACUGGUGCGACCUUUCCUACCGCAAAAUCUAUAGCGCCCCCAUGGACAAGGCCAGUAACCCGGAUGAGCAGGUGGUCCUCAUUGGUGAGCAGCUGCACUCUCCAGAGGGCCUGGCGGUGGACUGGGUCCAUGAGCACAUCUACUGGACAGACUCAGGCAAUAAGACCAUCUCCGUAGCCACGACCGACGGCCGCCGCCGCUGCACUCUCUUCAGCCGUGACCUCAGCGAGCCCCGAGCCAUUGCCGUUGACCCCUUGCGAGGGUUCAUGUACUGGUCUGACUGGGGGUUUCAGGCAAAGAUUGAGAAAUCUGGGCUCAACGGUGCAGACCGGCAAACACUGGUUUCAGACGAUAUCGAAUGGCCCAAUGGAAUCACCCUGGACCUGCUGAGCCAGCGUCUCUACUGGGUGGACUCCAAACGGCACCAGCUGUCCAGCAUUGACUUCAACGGAGGCAACAGAAAGAUGCUGAUUUUCUCCACUGACUUCCUAAGCCACCCUUUUGGGGUGGCUGUGUUUGAGGACAAGGUGUUCUGGACAGAUCUGGAGAACGAGGCCAUUUUCAGCGCGAAUCGGCUCAACGGCCUGGAAAUCUCCAUCCUGGCUGAGAACCUUAAUAACCCGCAUGACAUUGUAGUGCUCCAUGAGCUGAAGCAGCCAAGAGCUGCAGAUGUCUGUGACCUGAGUGCCCAGCCCAAUGGCGGCUGUGAAUACCUGUGCCUUCCUGCUCCUCAGAUCUCCAGCCACUCUCCCAAGUACACGUGUGCCUGUCCCGACACAAUGUGGCUGGGUCCAGACAUGAAGAGAUGCUACCGAGCACCUCAGUCUACCUCAACUACAACGUUAGCCUCUGCUAUGACAAGGACUGUACCUGCCAUCACAAGAGCCCCCGGGACAACCAUCCGCGAGCCUACCUACCAGAACCACAGCACAGAGACACCAAGCCGGACAGCUGCUGCCCCGAGCUCAGUUGACGUCCCCAGGGCGCCCAGCAUCAGCGCAUCAACCCUCAGCCCCGCAACCAGCAACCAUUCCCAGCACUAUGGGAACGAAGGCGGCCAGAUGGGCUCAACGGUGACUGCUGCUGUCGUUGGCAUCAUUGUGCCCAUAGUGGUAAUAGCCCUGCUGUGUAUGAGUGGGUACCUGAUCUGGAGAAACUGGAAGCGGAAGAACACCAAGAGCAUGAAUUUUGACAACCCGGUAUACAGGAAGACCACAGAAGAGGAAGAUGAAGACGAGCUUCAUAUAGGCAGGGCUGCUCAGAUUGGCCACGUCUACCCCGCAGCAAUCAGCAGCUUUGAUCGCCCAGUGUGGGCAGAGCCCUGUCUUGGGGAGACCAGAGACCUGGAAGACCCAGCCCCUGCCCUCAAGGAGCUUUUUGUCUUGCCGGGGGAACCAAGGUCACAGCUGCACCAACUCCCGAAGAACCCUCUUUCCGAGCUGCCUGUCGUCAAGUGCAAGCGAGUGGCAUUAAGUCUUGAAGACGACGGACUGCCCUGAGGAUGGGACCGCCCACUUCGUGCCUCAUGGAGUUCAGUCCUAUGCACUACUCUCUCUGGAUGAUGUGUGACUGGAUGAGUGCCAUUUCUAUGUGUGGGUCUGUGUGAGUGUGUGUGUAUGUGUGUGUGACUUUUUUUAAAUUUAUGUUGCGGAAAGGUAACCACAAAGUUAUGAUGAACUGCAGACAUCCAAAGGAUGUGGAAGUUUUUAUAUGUAUAAUGUUUUAUACACUUUUUAACUGGUUGCACUACCCAUGAGGAGUUCAUGGGACAGCUACUGCUGAGUGACUAACAUGAUGUACAUAACCAAACGGGGGCCGAUGGUACAAACUUGACUCAUCAUUUGAAUACUAUAUUUACACAGGAGGUUUGAUUUGAGGGCUUUUUUAGGUUUGAGGAGCUCGGUUUCUUUUGUAAAUAAGAUUAUGCUUUGUGGCUAUCCAUCAACAUAAGUAUAAAAAGAAAGAACAUGUCAAUUCCCUUCCCAUUUAGAUUAUUUAUUAACAUAUCUCAAAGUAAGGUUAGCUCUAUAAAUAAUGUAGAGAAGUGAGAGUAUUUAUUUUUGGUAUGAUUGGCCCACUGCACAGACUCUGUGUUUAUGUGUGUAUGUUUGUAUGAGAGAAAAAGAAUCUGUAGAGAAGAGGCACGCUUAAGACUAUUGUUCAAAUACAUAAAAACAAGAUUUUUUUAAAAAACAGUCCACAAGAGGGGGUAUCUACUUUUCAGACACACCUUCAGAUACCUUGCUCAGAAAAUACGAUGCCACGGUUUGUGCAGACAUGUGGUGGGAAACAUAGAUCUUUUCACCUCUGGCUACUCCUUAGGCCCUGGGGAGCCAGAAAAAGCUUUUUCACUCCUCCGUGGCUAUCAUGACACCCACCUGGGCUUUCUGUUCUGUGGCUUAGGUCAGUGUACAGAUACUGCACAGUGCCACAAGCUCUCAUGAGCUCAAGAGAGCAGAGCUCAGUGAGUCCUUUUAAAGGUCAGCUCUUAGUGAGGACACAGAUUCCUCUAGAACAGUGGUCCUCAGCAGGUGGGUCGUGCCCCCUCUGUGGGUCAAAAGGCCCUUUCACAGAGGAAAACACGGAUAUUUACAUUAUGAUUCGUAACAGUACCAAGUCACAGUUUUGAAGUAGAAACAAUAAUAAUGUCAUGGUUGGGGGGCACCACAGCAGGAGGAACUGUAUUAGCAGGUCGCAGCGACAGGAAGCUCGAGAACCACUGCUCUAGAGCUAAGUGGGGACAUUUCUACGAUUCCCAAGUUUACUGUAAGGACUGGCUCAGGCACUGAACCUCCGGAUCGCUGCGUAUGAGGACAGAGAUUUUGGAACAGGGUUGACUCCAUCUGUUUCUCCAUCCCCAUCCUUCCUACCAUUUUCUUGAGGAGGGGAGACACCUUAAAGUAAUAAGCACGUCUGUCUCUUACUGCCAUAUGCUCACGUGGAUAAACUAAUGGUGGCCACAUCCAAAGUUCUAUUUUGGGGAAAUACCAUAGCAUACUGGGCGUGUGUCCACACAAAGAUUUGUUUUCCUGAUUUAUAAAUAAAAGGAAAAAUUAUGGGUGUUUACAUAGAUUUUUCUUCGUUAUGAACACCACCUGUACUUUUUCUGAGCCUUGGGGGGUUUGUGUGGAGAAAUGCCAUUUUCUUUCUAUGGAAUCCACUCUUAGAAGCAUAAUCCCAUAGUCCCAGAAGGAAUUCAGUCCCCCACUAGCUUUCUCUUCCAAAGUAUGGUCUUUCCAUGACUCUUCUGUCCUGCCAGUUCACUCCAGCUAAGUGACCAGUGAGUGACAGCAGACUAAUGUCUAACUUUCACAUACCUGGAACUUGAUACUUAAGAAAAUGCCUCCCUUGCUCCAGCUUCCCCCAAACCAAGGGAGCUUCAAUGUCUCACCAGCUUGAAACCCUUUUCAGGCUGGAAGUCUGUUAUCCUGUUCCUAGGAGCUUGCUCUAUGUCACUCAUGUUUUCCUAAUUAAAAAAAAAAAAAAAAAAAUGGCUGUGUUCUAAGCUCUGCCAUUAUGUCUGACAACAUUUCUGGUAUGCAUAUGUUGCUGGUCCUGGAUAUUCACUGAAGAAAUGCAGCUGACCUCUGACCCAUUCCAAACAGUCUCAAGAACAGGUGGCCAACUGCUAUGGCGCUUACUUAACACUGUUCAUUCAAGAAUGGAGAGGAAAAUCAAUUUUGACAGAAGGAAAAUGGUGAAAACAUCAAAAUUUACACAGAACAAGCAGGUUUUUUUUUUCUUUAAUCUGCCUUCAAAAAACAAAACAGAAAUAACAAGUUAUUUCAUAAUAUGCAUAGUGUCUGAACUUUUAGGCAGAUCCUAGCCUUCAAAAUAACAUGCAGUCUGGUAUUUAAAAAAAAAAAAAAAAGAAAAGAUUAAGUUCACAACCUAGAAGCAGCGUGUUUCCUGAACAUACUGCAACUGCAGCCUGAAAGCAGAGACCACAGAAGCAGCUGACAAAUACAGGACAGCGGUCCAGUAGAAGCAGUCGAAGGAGGCAGACCCGCUUCCUCCCCUCCUCACAAACGUUUGAGCCUCAUUUUGAGGUGUGAUUCAAAUUUUCUGUUGCCUUUUUCCCCUGUGCACAUGUAUCCACAGCCAAUAAGAGCUGGGAGGAUGCUUAGUGAUAAUCAAGAGAGCAGACAAUUCAUCAAACGGCUUAUUAAAAAGAAGCCAGCCCAGUUCUCCCUUCUCCAGAAGACAACUUUGGGCUGCCUCGACAGCCCUGCUUCCUCUCCCAUGGCUACCUGUCCAAUGAACUGAGGAAGACACUAACAGAAACGGCCUUCCAGAAAGAAGAAACUAACCCUUUGUUUACUCUUCAGAAUGUGUGUCAGUGUACACGGAGAUUGAAAAGGCUUCUGACUUCAGGGAGUAAAAAUGAGAUGGGAUUUAAACUGAUGGCAGUUACUAUUGAGCCGUUCUGCUAUCCUUACAUGCUGGCAGCAUACUUACCCUUUAAAACCAUCCUCUAAGUGUUGUGUGCUCGUGGCAAAGCUUGGUUAUCGUUUCACCCUUUAGGGUCUUCAUAGAAGUGACCUGAAGCCAAGUCUUAAAAAAAAAAAAAGUGGUGUUGAGGUUGCUCCCGGCAGAGACACUGAGCUGGCAACUGAGGCGUGACUCAGCAGCAGGGCUCUGGGGAACAACACGUAGUUCAUUACACCUGGAGUAAAGACCUCAAGGAGAGUUGGCAGGAAGUCAGCCUGGAUGGAAAGACAAGCUCGGCAUAGGCACUUUAUAAAAUGAUUUAGUUCAGCAGACAUUUCUUUGGCCGUUCACUGGGUGCAGGGCAUCACAGAGCACUCACCGCCAGCCCUUUGCAGGCCUGACGUUAUUCUGUGGGGAAAUGCUGACUGCUCUUCAUUGGUCUGAGUCAGAGAUUUUGAUAUGGUAGGUGACAACUAAAGUCAGGGCAGUGGGAUUUUUCAACAGAAGCACGCCACGUUGCAGGCACCUUUUAGAUUUUCUCACCUGUGAGAGAAAACAAGCUACAGAACCCGGAGAGGGUACCCCUGCCACAGUACAGUGGGGUGCUCUUGGGUGGGGGAGAAAAAUUCUAAUCCCGUAGGACUACAAAGCCACUCCCAUCCCACCACGCUCGCCAUUUCACCAAACAUCAGUAAGUUAGCCGUUUCAAAGCGUAUCAUUUCCUUCCCCAUAAAUGCAUGAAGAUAAGAGUGUCCGUCCCCUUACACUACAUUUUUAGGGUAUUUGGGAGUUUUCAGCAUAUGAAGGAUUUAGAUGGUGGAGGAAAGUACAGCUUCAAUUUUUUAGUUGAUUAGAGGAAGCUUCAUUCAGGCCGCACACCAUGUGCACAUCUUAAGAAUCAGCAGGAACUGCAUUUGCAAACACUUUGUGCUGUAAAAAAACAAACAAAAAACCUAAUUUUAAAAAAGCUACCUGUAUAAGUAUAUACAUAUAUAUUUAAAGACAAGGUUUUGAUACUUUUUUUUACAAAAGCUACAAGAGGAGACUGUACAAACCACAGGCUUUUAAAAUAACAUUUUGUUCUAUAUAAGCUGUUAAUGUGAGGGUAAGGUACUGGUUUGCAAACUCACACUAGCCAAAUGGAUUUUCUUAUUUGUUGCCCGAUCCUCCAAAUUACCGUAUUUGAUGUAAUAAUAGGGCAUGUUAAAUGUUGGGUCACUAACCAUUUCUGUUCUUGUCCUGUCAUUCUGAGUUCCAUUAGCUCCUGUGCUCAGUGCCUCAGCAGUCUAGUCUUCCAGAGGUGGAGAGACUGAAGGAGGUGGGCUCCAUUUAUUUCACUAGCUGUAGUGACAUCACCUUGGUGAACUGAGAACCAAAUGUGGACAUUUGUAAAAUCAGUACGCUGUUUCUAGAGAGAUUAAAUUCAUUUUCUAAAA